AUGGAAGCUGAGCCUCACGACCCAGAACGUCGAAGCCUGGUGACUCCAGGGCGAUCGCAGCGAAAAGAAAAAUCAAGUCAAGGUCGUGCACGCAGCCGGCGACGUAGUCGCAGUCGUAGUCGUAGCCGCAGCCGCAGACGUAGUCGCAGCUGUAGACGUGACUGUAGUCGCAACAUCAGUCACAGUCGUCAUGGCAGCCGUCGUCGUAGCUGCAACCGCGGCCGCAGCCCAAGUAUUAACUUCGAGAACUCACACAACAGUGCACGAAGUCAAAGCAGGUACUGUGAUUUAUAUAUUCAAGAACGUCAUCUAUAUAACGAGAGAAAACGAAUACAAGAACUAGAAGAUGAAUUACAAAAGAAGCUACGAGAUCUGGACAGUGAUAAAAUCCAACCACUUCAAAAUAAAUCGAACAAACGACAACAUGAAGAAUCGGUACCACAAACACCAUUAGAAGUUUCCCCAAAACCCACACCUCGAGCUAAUGGGCAAGUAGAGCGGUACAACCGCACUAUAUUAACUUCUCUUAGUACUUUAAAUCAUGGUAAAAGUAAUGACUCUUGGGACUUAAGAUUACCGGAGGUACAAUUGGGUAUUAACACUAGUGUUCAUGAUGUUACUAAGAGAACGCCAACUGAAAUGCUUUUUGGAAGAAAAGUAAAUAAUCCAUCUCAGGGCAUUUUGAACAGUAUUAGUGAUGAUAUAGGUAACGGGGUUAUAAAAGACUCUUUAGACAAAAUUAGGUUAGAAGCAAAAGAAUUAAUCAAAUAUAAUCAAGAAAAAAAUAAAGACAGAUUUGACUUAAAGAGAAAAUCAGCUAGAAAAUAUAAAGAGGGCGAUUUGGUAAAAAUUAUUAGAACAAUAGCUGGAAAUUCAGGUCAGUCCAAGAAACUAGAACCCAAAUGUCAAGGUCCAUACAGAAUAAAAAAGAUAUUACCUAAUGAUCGAUUCGUAGUAGAAGAUACGCCUCUAACUAGGAAAGGCAAGAGAUACGAAAAUGUAGUAUCUAUUGAUAAAAUUUCGCCUUGGUUAAGUUUUAGUGCCCCUGUCGUGUCUAGUGAUAGUAGUGACAAUGAUAGUAAU